AUGCAUCUGUUGCUCUCAGCCUGGUCUCGACGCCGAAUAUCAUGUUAUUCUCGCCAGAUAGGCUCAUCUCGGCUCUUCACCAGAAAUCACAGCCGGCUCCAGUGUGCAGGCACAAAACCAGCCUUCGAACCAUCGUCUCAGCAGCUGAGGGUCGCAAAACUCUGCGCUGACCAGAAUGUCGUGGUAUCAGCAAGACCCGGAUCAGGCAAAACCGCCACCAUAGAAGCAAUCGCGGCUGCACACCCUGACAAGAGAAUUGGAAGCAUUCUCUUCUCAAAGAGACUUCAGAGUGAAACCUCUCAUCGUCUCAAGAAGUACCACAACAGCGAUGUAUACACUUUUCAUGGCAUGGCGGGUGUCCUCCUUGGACAAGUGGUUCCGAGCGAUGAAGCACUUAUCAAGCUCUUGGAGAAUAUCAAUAAGUGCGGCAAGCUUCCACGAUGGGCCUCAAACCCUUUCGACAUUAUUGUACUAGACGAGUUUCAGGACUGCAACCCAGAAACCUUCUGGCUAGUCGAGUGCUUUGUCCGGGCUAAUAACCUCAGGAAAGGGGGCCAACCCGCGCGCAUCGUCGUCCUCGGCGACGAGCGCCAGUCGAUAUACCGCUUUCGUGGUGCUGACCCUCGCUAUCGUGGUGCUGACCCUCGCUAUCUGACGCUGGCCCCUGAGGUGCUGGGUCCAAUCAGUCCCUAUCCAUUUGCAGAAUUUCAGUUAGGCAACAGUUUCAGACUGUCCUCAUCAGCUGUCCAGUUCAUCAACCGUGUCUUCCUUGGUGGAGAGCAGUACAUCUCCAGCUCGAAGCGUGGCCCAAAGCCCAUUGUCCUGAGAUGCAAUAUUUGGGACAGUCUGGCAGUGGCUGGAGCGAUUUACCCCCUGAUAAAGCGUUACAAGCCCGAGAACUGCGUGAUAAUAGCACCCUCUAUUCGUACGAAAGGACCAUUGCAAGACCUUACAAAUGCGUUGGUCCAGGUCUAUGGUUUGCCGAUUAAUGUACCCACUGAUGAGGAAACGCCUCUCGACGACAUCGUGAUCAACGGAAAGUUGUGUAUCUCUACGAUACAUCAGUUCAAGGGCCGAGAGCGUAAGCUUGUUAUUCUUCUAGGCAUCGACGCCUCCUAUUUCCAGUUCUUCGGCCGCGACUUGCCAGAUGACGGCUGUCCCAAUGAAGUUUUUGUGGCUUUAACGCGCUCUCUGCAUCAACUUGUAUUGGUCCAUAACGACGAAAGUAAGAUGAUGCCGUGCGUAUCCCUCGAUUCUCUGUACGAUACCGCCAAGAUAGUCACCUUGACAAAGAAACGAACAAAAAUCUCGCACCCUGAUCUACCCGGACGCCCCCUAGAGCUGGGCCUUAUGCUUCCAAAAUCCUGUGGAGCCCGUGAAAUAACGCGGUAUGUCCAGGGCGAUGCCCUUGAUAAGCUUGUCGAGCGCCAUCUUCGUGUAGACAGGCUAGCGUCUCCUCUCCCUUGCCAUGAACACAUCAACAUAAGGAACGUGGUACUCUCGGAUCCGAAAAGGGGGUUAUAUGAGUCUGUUAGCGACAUCAAUGGCCUUGUUGUUGCUGCAGCUCUAGAGCUGGACACAGCGGGAACAUUAAGGUCACUAGGGCGACCAAGUGAAGGAGAAGUUGAUGAAACUUUGCCAAAAUGCCCCGAGAAGCUUGUUGCUUGGCUUUGCCGGAAAGCUUGCGAGUAUGAAGCGAGUCUCUCUGGAUAUCUACCGCGUGUGAUUCAGAUGAAAGACCACAAGUAUGACUGGAUCAAGCCCGAAGAUCUCAUCCUUGCUCGGCGUCGACUUGAUAGUGAGCUAGUGGAUUCUGCCCAAAGGCUGAAUUUUGAAGUCGAAAUGCAGCAGCAAUUCUAUAUCGAUGGCCAAGAAACUCAACUCUGUGGUCGAGCAGAUAUUGUAAACAAUUCCACUACCGAUAGCAACGACGACAUGGAUAAUCGAACAGUAUGGGAGAUCAAGUUCGUCUCAAGCCUUUCCAACGAACACGUCAUCCAGACUUGCAUUUAUGCCUAUUUGUUAGGCUCGGAGUCUGGAAAGUUACCACGCAUCAUACUGUACAAUGUACGAGAUGGGGACAAGCGCGAGAUCAUACCACGCCAUGGAAUAGAGGGGUUGAGACAACUGAUCGCAAGUGUCCUUAGACUUCGGUAUACUUCGAAAGGAGAGAUGGCAUAUGAAGAGUUCAUCAAAGGGUGUAGCAACACAACGUGGAAGGUGAUGAAUCUCAGUGAUGGGUCAUCGUGA